AUUAAUUUAUUCCAACAAAACAAAAAUACAAAAGAAAGAAUAAUGGCCAAAGUGACACACGUUUGCAAAAGAACAGUGGUAAGCACAAAACCAGUCCCACCUGGAAAAUACCACCCGCUAUCUGUUCUAGACCGUGUGAUGGAGAAAAACAACCUGAGGAUGGUCUUCUAUUACCCGUCAAUGAGAUCAUACCACAAUGAUGAUGAUGAUGAUGAUGAUCAAACGGUGAUAAAUGUAGGCAGGCUGAGAGAAUCUUUGGCUGAAAUGCUCACUAGUUUUCCAGCAGUGACUGGAAGGUUGCAGGAAAAUGACAAGAAUGGGGAGUGGAUGAUAAAGUGCAAUGACGCAGGAGUAAGGAUGGUGGAGGCUAGAGCCCAAGGAAGUGUGGAACAUUGGUUGAGUUGUGUAGAUAGGGGUCGAGAGCUUAACCUCGUUUAUUGGGAGGAGUUGUAUCAUAAGCCUUAUUUUUGGUCCACUUUCUAUGUUCAGAUUACAGAAUUUGAAGAAGGUGGAUUAGCAAUUGGCCUAAGUUGCAUUCAUCUACUUGCCGACCUCACUUGUGCAACCAUGAUCAUCAACUCGUGGGCCCAAACAACCUUCUAUGGGAAAAUGUUAGCCUCAUAUUUUCACCCAUUACCUCCAAGAAAGCUUGGUAAUAAAAAAUCCAAUCACGUUCCUUACACUCCAUUGACCAACCACUACAAGUCUACAAUUGAAAGGUCCAAGACCAUUCCAAUUGUCAAUACAAAGUACACAACAUUGUCCCUUGCAUUUGCAGACCACAAUGUUCGUGCCUGCAUUAAUGCGGCCCAAAUGAUAGAUAAAGCCCAUCAAAUAGGCCCAUCACCUUUUGAGGCCCUAGCUGGGCUUUUUUGGGUGUGCAUUAGCAAAGCAAAAGGAAUAGCGGAUAGGCUUCUAAAUAUGUCUGUGUGUUUGGACAUGAGACGUGUUCUAAACGUGGAUAAGCGUUUUUUUGGGAAUUGCAUGGUUUAUAAUGAAGUCAAUCCUAAAGGUGUCCUAGAAAACGACUUGUCGGAAGCUGCCAAGGCAAUAGGAGAAGUAGUGGUGAAGAUGGACAACGAAGGAGUCAUGGAUUUGAUCGAGUGGCUCCAAUGCAGCAAAAAAAUAGAUGCCCCGUUGAUGAACAACUGUGAUCUCGUUUGUUCUUAUUUAGAUGUCGUAGAUCCAUACUUGGCUGUGUUUGGAGAUAAGGUUGCACCUAUCCGUGUAUCGUAUUAUGUUGAGCCAGUGUUGGGAUUAGGACAAGUAUUAAUCCUUCCUGGCCCACCAAAGGAAGGCCCACUAAGCAAGGUAGUUAUGGUUACACUACCAGAGGAUGAACUAAUGAGGCUUUGUGAAGAUGAUCUUCUUCUGAGUUUCUCUCCAACUAUUUUAAUGGGAUUAAAUAAAAACUAG